CUCAACACUAAUCAUCAUGUUAAAUUUCUGUUUGCUAUAUAACACACAAAAAAAUUCUAUUAAGCUUGAACACUCAUAAACUCAUCUCUUCAAAUAAUGGCGACUCAAAUAAUGCAAAAGAUAUACAGUGUUUUGAUGAUCGUAGUUUUAUUUACGAUGAUGGUUUCAACAUACGCGAGUACGGUCGAGGUGUGUGUUAAGCAUUGUGUCCCGAAUCAGUGCAUGAAAAUUUCUAAAAAGGCAACUAUUCCUUUAUGUGAGAAUGCUUGCAAAAAGCUCUGCAACCAAAACAAAUUUUCUGAUGAGAAAUUCUACGCCAUGCCUCCAGGAGACUUAUGCGAGGGAUUUUUUGGGUUACUAUGUAAUAACUGAAACUUAAGAAAUCCGUAAAAUAUUUUAUGUGUGUGGUUUCCUAUCCUUUAAUUAAUUAAUA